AUGAAGGUGGAUCUCCUCAUCACUUACUUGAACGGGGCAGCGCGUGAGAAAGUAGAAGAGUUGAAUCAGCAGGAGUGGUGCGACUUCAACGCAACUGUGGCGCGUCUGAAGCAAGUAUUUGAAGACCCGCAACAUGGCUACUUGGCGAGGCAGGCGCUGUCUGACCGGUUGUUUCCCGACGUCCGCUACUACGUGAAGUUAGACAUCCCCUUAAUGUUCGAGCAGGCAGUAGCGAUGGUUGAGCAACUGUUAGCAAAGGCUACAGCUGACCUCUUGAUCAAUCCAGUGGGCGCCGCACGCACCAUUGAGGUGAAUGCGGUGGCAGCUGAACCGUGCCCCGCGCGCCCAGUCCCUAAAGCCUAG